GGCAGAGCCAUCAGUUGGAGCUCAAUUGGUGAUCCGAUCACAUCUAAAGGACUUAGCUACCGAGACGAGCCACUAAUUUCAAAGUGGAAUCCCCAAACCGUGAUUCUGUGCUGGGCGACUGUAGUGUGCUGUAUAAAUUCCUACUAUAUUAGUAGGGAUAGUUUCCUUAAGUUGACUUCAAUUUUUUUUUUCACCCCCGAGUGUCAGUGUGAGUGUCCGUAUCCAGGUAAUCGGAGAUGUCCUUUCCCCAGCUGGGUUACCCACAGUACCUGAGUGCUGGCCAAGCUGUCUACGGAAGUACGGACCGGCCUGGAGUGAACUUGUCUGCAGCUGUGUCUACACGGGGCCCCGGGAGUUCGGAAUUGAGCGGCUCGGGCUCAGCAGCGACUGCUGCCGCUGUCAGCUCUGUACUCGGGAUGUAUGCAGCGGCGCCAUAUACAGCAGCGGCGGCCGCAGCGGCAGCAGCAGCGGCGGCGGCUGCAGGGGGGCCCAACUACAGUGCCUUUCUCCCUUACACCACGGAGCUGGCCUUCUUCUCUCAGAUGGGCUCCCAGUACGAACUGAAAGAUAACCCUGGUGUCCAUCCUGCAACUUUUGCUGCGCACACAGCCCCUGCCUACUACCCAUAUGGACAGUUCCAGUAUGGAGACCCCGCUAGGCCAAAAAAUGCCACAAGGGAGAGCACUAGUACUCUUAAAGCCUGGCUCAAUGAGCACCGUAAGAAUCCUUACCCUACAAAAGGGGAGAAGAUAAUGUUGGCCAUCAUCACUAAAAUGACCCUGACACAAGUCUCGACGUGGUUUGCAAAUGCCAGAAGGAGACUUAAGAAGGAAAAUAAGGUCACAUGGGGAGCAAGGAGCAAAGACCAGGAUGACAGUAUCCUUUUUGGGAGUGACAAUGAGGGAGAUACUGAGAAAAAUGAAGACGACGAGGAAAUUGACCUGGAAAGCAUAGACAUUGACAAGAUUGACGAAAAUGAUGAGGAGCAAAGCAACGAAGAAGACGAGGAUAAAUCCGACCGCAGUGCGCAGUGUGAAAAUUCCAACCUAGAGAAAGACAAAGACUUACACUUUCCAGGAGCAGAGGGACUCAAACCCAAGGAAACUCUAACAAUGGGAAAAGAAGUAUCUGAUGGGAAUAAUCCCAGAAAUGUGUCUCCUACUGGACAGAGUAGUUUACAGAUGCCACUACACAAUAAGCCCAAGAUCUGGUCUUUAGCAGAAACCGCUACCAGUCCAGAUACCACACACAAGUCUAAUUCGCCUACCACCCCAGCUCCACUCAACUCACCCCACAUCCAGCACCCAGCCUUUCUACCCAGUCAUGGACUUUAUACAUGCCAUAUCAGCAAAUUUCACAACUGGACAAAUGGUGCUUUCCUCAGUCAAAAUUCUUUGCUAAAUAUGAGAUCCAUUUUGGGAGUAAACCACCACCACGUAUCGCACAAUCACCAUAUUCAGGUCCAGCAGCAACAACAACCUUCAGUGUUAGCGGCCUUGCAGGGUACACUGAACGGUGACGAGCCUUUGGAACUUUGCAGUCCGAAGCACACGGAAAGAGAAGCCGUUUCUCCCACUGAAUCCCCCACACAACCGCUAAAGUUGCCAUUCCAGACGUCCAGGGACAGUUCCCAGAGCCAGCAGGAAGGAACACCACGCAUUUUAACAGCGAUUCCUUCAGCCUGAUUCGUAGCUAAGUCAGCGCAAUAAUCAAAAAGGCACGGUUUUCUAAAGGACAAUAAUAUUGGAAAAACAGUUUGCAGAAUUUCCAGUUGGUUGCCACAAACAACAGUAUACAGAACUUUUUUGACAAAUCACAAAGACAGUCAAGUCCCCCCUUUCACAAUACCUUAACACUUUCAUAUGUGCUAUGCUAAUUAUUCUUGCAUUCUUUGUUUGGUAAAUGUUUCUUAAGUGUUUCUGUUUUCUGUAUAUACAGUGAUUUCGAACUGUAAAUAGCGCGUCAGCAAAAAAUUGUCUAAAUCAUAUAUUUUUGUUUAAUAAACUAAGUGAAAUUAUUAAUAAUUUUAUUAAA